AAUUCCAAAGCGCCGAAUUGGUUUGGGUGGCCACCGGGGCCUUUGGAUCUUUCUGGGGGAGGAGGAGAUAGGCACCAGCGCUAUAAAAGAAGCUUUCCCCCUUCUCAUUUGGGGCCUGAGCAACCCGCAACCACCGCACGUUAGGUAUCGAGGCAAGAACAGAGCAGGGCAGGGCAGAGCAAAGCGAGGCGGCUGCCAAGUCUUUCGUUGGAAAGAAGGUUCAGAGAUGGAGGGGUCGAUGACUGAAGGGCAUGUGGUCGGGAUCCCGGUGAGCAGCAGGGCGUACGGCAUCGAGGAGCCGGAGUUCCCGGAGGAACAGACGCCCGAUCAUGGAGAAUUCCCGAGCUCCUUCCAGUCCAGCUAUGAUGCGAACAGCUCCACGACCGCCGACCGGCCGACGAGCAAACACGGCAGGAAGGGAGACAAGAUCGCUCAGGGCAUCAAAGAACACGUGAUGCUCGGGCCCAAACUUUCCGACACGGUGAAGGGGAAGCUGACGCUGGGCGCGAAGAUCCUCCAGGCCGGCGGCGUGGAGAAGAUGUUCCGGCAGUGGUUCUCCGUGGACAAGAACGAGAAGCUGCUCCGGGCCUCGCAGUGCUACCUCUCGACGACGGCCGGCCCGAUCGCUGGCCUGCUCUUCGUGUCCACGGCGCGGGUGGCCUUCCGCAGCGACCGGACUCUGGCGGUGUCCACCCCGCGCGGCGACAAGGGGCGCGUGCCCUACAAGGUCACCAUCCCGCUGAGGAAGGUGAAGGCGGUCCGCCCCAGCGAGAACAAGCACCGGCCGGAGCAGAAGUACGUGCAGCUCGUCACCAACGACGCCUUCGAGUUCUGGUUCCUGGGCUUCGUCAGCUACAACCGGUCGCUGCAGCACCUGGAGCAGGCCGUCGCGUACUCGCAGCAGCAGGUGCAAUGACGGCGGGCGCUCGACGCACGCGUGGUGGAGCUGCUGCUGCUGCUGCUGCUGCUAGGCUGAUGAUGGGGAGUGGUUUCUUCAUGUGCGCGCCGUGUGUCGUCUUCGUGUAGUUGGGCUAGUUCUGUCUGUGUAUGUGUAGGGCUGCAACAUGUCGUUGUAUAUUUGGGGAUCGGUCGCCUCGUGGAUUAAUCGGCUGUGGCUAGCAAGUUGGUUGGAGGCGAUCGAUCAAGGGCAUGUGAUCUUUUUGGGGUUGGGGAAGAGGAAAAUUCAUGGAUUUGCAACAGAAAUGGUUGUGCGCCGAUGCAAAAGUGCCAUCAAUAUCCAUUCUUUUCUCAAGAAAAAAAAGUUGUGCUGAAAUGGGAUUGUGCUA